UUAAUAUGGAUAGGAAAGUGCGAAGCGAAUUUUCUAAGGUUAAGUUAACCAUAAAAUUAAAUGUCAGUUAAUCAUAAUUGAUUAUAAGAAAACAAUGAUCGUGUAAUAUACCCAUUUAAUAAUAAAAAGCACUAAAAUGAAUGUAUUUAUAAAGAAUGUCUUUUAUUACAAAAUACGAGAAGCAUGCUGUCAAUUUAUACAUACCGAGACAAAGUUAAAGAAACAAGCACAGUGGUUGAAGCCUACAGGAUAUAAGACAGAUAUUCAAAUCUACAAUCCCAUAACAAAAUGUGAAGUGCCGUUAAUUUUAAAAAAUAAAGCUGUUCUAACUUGGUAUCUUUGUGGACCUACUGUAUAUGAUUCGGCACACAUAGGACAUGCAGUGACUUACGUGUAUUCAGAUAUUAUCAGGAGAAUAUUAUCAGACCACUUCAAUAUAAAUGUUGUAAUGGCCAUGUGCGUAACAGACAUAGAUGAUAAAAUAAUAGCACGCUCAAAAGACUUAAAACAAAAUUAUAAGGAUCUAACAAAACAUUAUGAAAACGAAUUUAUCGAAGAUAUGAAAAUGUUAAAUGUUGCAAGGCCUCAUCUGUAUUGUAGGGUAACUGAUUAUAUACCACAAAUUAUUCAGUUUGUGAAGAGAAUUCUAGACAAAGGCAAUGCUUACACUACGAAAGAUGGAUCUGUUUAUUUUGAUACGCAUAAAUACGGAAUGUAUGGCAAGCUAUCAACUCCAAUAUCAGAUAGUUUUCAUCCUGAUAAAAAAUCUCCAUUAGAUUUUUGUCUUUGGAAAACAGCUAAGGAAGGUGAACCAUUUUGGGAGUCUCCAUGGGCUCCUGGAAGGCCAGGGUGGCACAUUGAAUGUAGCACUAUUGCAAGCACAAUUUUUGGAAAUUCCGUAGACUUUCACAGUGGUGGGAUAGAUCUAAUGUUUCCACAUCAUGAGAAUGAGGAAGCACAAUCGUGUUGUUAUCACGAAGUAGAACAGUGGGUAAAUUAUUGGGUACAUUAUGGACAUUUGUCCUUGAAACACGAAAAAAUGUCAAAAAGCCUUAAAAACACCAUCAGUAUAAGAAAAUUCCUUGAAAAAUAUACAGCAAAUCAGUUUAGAAUCCUUUGUCUACUUUCGAAUUAUAAAAAUGAACUUCAAUUUUCCUAUGAUAUAAUGAAUAAUGCGGUAGCUGUGUUACAUAAAAUUGAACAUUUUAUUAGCGACUGUCAUAAUUAUAUCGUUGGAAAUUGGGAUACUGGCAAUAUAGAUGAAUCUACGUUAUUCCGCUGUUUGGAAGAAACGAAAAACAGUAUUAAUACUGCAUUAGCAAAUGAUUUUAACACUGCAAAAGCCAUGAAGUCACUUAUAAAUUUAAUUAAUGUAGUCAAUAAAAUGUUGCAUGAUCCUCAGGGUAGUACGAACACUUUUAGAACCUGUAUACCUGCUGUAGCUGCAGUAUUAAAUUAUACAUCAGAAAUACUUUUCAAAUUCGGAAUUUCAAAUCCUAGUGCAGUAAAUGAUUCUAGAAUGGACAGUGUCAUCGAAUGUUUGAUAAAAUUUAGAGGUGCUGUACGUAACAAAAUUUUAGAGCAAGAUGUGAAAGAUAAAACUUUACUUACGGCGUGCGAUAAAGUACGAUCGGAACUUUCCACUUACGGUAUAAUAAUUAAGGAUUGCAAAACUGAAACUAGUUGGAGUAUCAAGAAAUAUUAAAUAAAAAUCAGCAAAAACCUUUAAUGGUAAUUUACCAUUUUU